AUGUACUUAUCAUUAUCUUUUCUUUCACAGUGCGAAGAGUCUAUGUCAGCAGGAGACAUGUGUGUCUCAGCAGCUCGCGCGGGGCCCUCAGCCCGCUGGCAUCCAGCCUGCUUCGUGUGCUCCUCCUGUCAGGAGCUGCUUGUAGACCUGGUCUACUUCUGGAAGGACGACCGGCUGUAUUGCGGGAGACACCACGCUGAAAAUUUGAAGCCCAGGUGUUCGGCGUGUGAUGAGAUAAUCCUAGCUGAUGAGUGCACAGAAGCAGAAGGUCGCGCUUGGCACAUGAAACACUUUGCAUGUGCAGAGUGCGCACGGCAGCUCGGCGGACAGCGCUACAUAAUGCGCGAAGCACGCCCCUAUUGCCUUCCAUGCUUCGACAACUGCUUCGCAGAAUACUGCGACGCCUGCGGAGAGCCCAUCGGUGUAGACCAAGGCCAAAUGUCCCACGAAGGGCAACAUUGGCACGCCACAGAACGAUGUUUCGCUUGCCACACUUGCCGAGCCAGUUUACUUGGCAGACCGUUCCUUCCACGCAAAGGCGCUAUAUUCUGCUCGAUAGCGUGUUCAAAAGGCGAGCCUCCAACGCCUUCAGACUCUUCAGGCCCCGGUCCGAGACCUCCGCGAGUGCCAAAACCAAGACGAGUGCCUUCACCCAAGUCUCCACCGAGAACUCCUCAAAGAGAACCAUCACCACAUCACAUAGAUGCUGAUUCUGAGCCUAGCGGGUCUAUGGCACUGGAGUCGCCCCCUCCGCAUCCGCCUCCACCCCCGCACGCCUGUCUUAGCCUCGACCGGGCACUAGCAGACCUUAGACUAGAACAAUCUAUGACAGAACACCAACUGCAGCCGACACCGACUUCAGACGAUCAAAAAGAGGAAUCGCCUGAGGACUGGAGACCACCUCAUCCUGUUGAAGCUCUGGCAGUGGUCACGCCGGGGCAUUCUUCUUCAAUGCCUGAGCUAACAUUAGUUGAUGGAAAGAAAUCUCCUAGGAAACCGAGAGGCGGUAGAACGGUAAGGUUUUGUGGGGACGAUAAUGCGGCGUUCGAGCCUGAUGAGCCUCCGAGAAAAGAAAAGGUGAGAGACGAAGACGCGAGCAGUUACUGCAGCACUUGUUCUUCUUCCUCGUCUUCUGCAGAGUCUUACACAUUACCAACGAGAAGAGCAUACGGUGGUGUAAGAAUAUCGUACGUUCCGAACGACGCAGUAGCCUGCGCGAAACGCGAGAGACAGAGAAAGAACGCCCAACACGAUAAAAACUGCAUCAUCUCGUGA